AACCAUGUGAAUUGUGAUGCAUGACAAUGAAAUAAAUAUUGAAGAAAGAUUGAAACUUGAGUUGCUUGAGCUUUUAAUUUACUUGCGUGACAUAAAGGGUUGGCCCCUCUUGUUGCCUAGUUCUGCCCUUUAAUUUCGGGAGGUUAUUCUUUCAUUCUUUUUAGUUUUAGUUUCAGUUUUCAGACUUUCAGAUCCAAAGGCCAAAUCUUAGGGUCAUGACUUUGGUGUUGAUGAGUCUUGGAUAUGUCAUAUGAUUGUCCAACCAAACCAAACAAAAACGAAAAAACAGCACCCUUGUAACUCAAAGGUAGCAACUUGAGACAGUUUUCUCAAGUUCGAACAUCUAAGAGAACACAAGGUCCAAUUGGAAUCCGAAUUAAGUUGAUGGGGUUCCAAGAAAACGGGAAUGGGGAAAUGGGGUUGUCUGGAAUCCCCUUGGGAGCAAAGAACAAGUACAAGAGGAUGACCUCUGAGCUUCCUGACGACAACGAUGAUGUUUUUUUGCACCAACAGCAAGUGGAAGAGAGGAGGAGCAGUACCAGGAAAUAUGUUAUUGCCUGUGCCAUCUUUGCUUCUCUCAACAAUGUCCUUCUUGGCUAUGAUGUAGGUGUCAUGAGUGGAGCUGUUAUAUUUAUCAAAGAAGAUCUGAAGAUAUCUGAGGUUCAGGUCGAGUUUUUGAUUGGUAUUCUUAGCAUUAUUUCUCUAUUCGGUAGCCUUGGUGGUGGAAGAACAUCAGAUAUUAUUGGUAGAAAAUGGACAAUGGCCUUGGCUGCAGUUGUCUUCCAAAUGGGUGGACUCACAAUGACUCUUGCCCCUUCGUAUGCAGUACUAAUGGUUGGAAGAUUUCUAGCUGGAAUUGGAAUAGGAUUUGGAGUUAUGAUUUCCCCUAUAUAUAUUGCUGAGAUAUCACCAAAUCUAAAUAGAGGCUCUCUCACCGCCUUCCCAGAGAUUUUCAUAAAUGUAGGAAUUAUGCUUGGUUAUGUGUCAAAUUACGCGUUUUCUGGCCUUUCAGCACACAUAAGUUGGAGAGUAAUGCUAGCAGUGGGCAUUUUGCCCUCAGUGUUCAUUGGCUUUGCCCUUUUCGUUAUCCCCGAAUCACCAAGGUGGUUGGUAAUGCAGAACCGCAUAGACGAAGCAAGAUCUGUGCUGUUGAAGACAAAUGAAGAUGAGAAAGAAGUGGAGGAGAGGCUUGCAGAAAUACAGCAAGCUGCUGGAUUUGCCAAUUCUGAUAAGUAUGAUGAUAAACCAGUGUGGCGUGAGCUGCUGUUUCCUCCUCCUCCUCUUCGGCGAAUGCUGAUCACUGGACUUGGAAUUCAGUGUUUCCAACAGAUCUCAGGAAUCGAUGCAACUGUGUAUUACAGUCCUGAAAUUUUCCAAGCAGCUGGUAUUGAGGACAAUUCAAAACUUCUAGCUGCUACUGUUGCUGUAGGCAUAUCAAAGACUAUUUUUAUUUUGGUAGCAAUCAUUCUCAUUGAUAAACUAGGUAGGAAGCCACUUCUCAUGAUAAGCACAAUUGGGAUGACAGUUUGUUUGUUCUGUAUGGGGGCUACUCUUGCUUUGCUUGGAAAAGGGUCAUUUGCGAUUGCAUUGUCUAUUCUGUUUGUUUGCGGGAAUGUAGCAUUCUUCUCAGUUGGAUUAGGCCCUGUGUGCUGGGUUUUGACUUCUGAAAUCUUCCCUUUGCGUGUGCGUGCUCAAGCAUCUGCACUUGGAGCUGUGGCUAAUAGGGUCUGCAGCGGCCUUGUGGCCAUGUCUUUUCUUUCUGUGUCUGAGGCAAUUAGUGUUGCUGGAACAUUCUUUGCGUUUUCUGCAAUUUCGGCUCUUGCCAUUGCCUUUGUCGUCACACUAGUUCCUGAAACCAAAGGGAAGUCACUGGAGCAGAUAGAGAUGAUGUUUCAGAAUGAGUAUGAGAUUCAAGGGAAAGAAACGGAGCUAGGAGAUGUUGAACAACUUGUGCAGAACCAAACUGAUUUAACAAAUUAAUUGAUUAAUUAGCCCCUGCCUUUAUGCGACUCUUAUGGAUUUGUUAUUCCAUGGUUACACAUCUUUCACUUGUUAUGUCUAAGGCUCUAUGCAUGCUACUUGUGAUUCAGUGGAGGAUAUUCCUGGCAAGAAUAUAUGAUCUUCUGCACCAGAAAAUUUGAGAUAUGUGAGUUGGGGACACAAGGAAACAUGAAGAUAAAAUGCACUCUAAACUUUUCCUAGUUGAACAAUUAUUCUUAUUUUUUUUUUUAUCUACAUUAAAGUCAAUUAUAGCAUUGUAUAUGGAGGGAGAUUUUUGGUGGAGACGAUCAUGUCUCCAUAUGGUCCUUUGGGAUGUCCUGAGACUGAUUAUAGUGCCAUUAUUACAAUGUGUUCAUGAGGAAUGUCUGUAAUUAAGAUGGAAAUUCUUUAACAGAUAAUAUUCUAUUAUUCAACUUCGGUAUCUGAAUUGUGAUAAUCUUGAGAUAUCAAAGCAUA